AUGCAGAAACGAUUGUUCUCAUGUCUGAGGACUUUGCAGCAUGAGAACCCAUUGGGACUGCCUAGAUCUGGCACGCCGCCAAAUCUGAGAGCUCGCAUGCAAAGAGGUCUACCAGAGAAGCGACCCAUAAAAGAUGUCAAGAAAGUCAUUGCAGUGUCUUCGGCCAAAGGUGGUGUGGGAAAAUCAACCGUGUCAGUAAACCUUGCUCUAGCAUUCGCAAGAAGCGGUUUGAGAAGUGGUGUCCUUGAUACCGAUAUCUUCGGACCCUCAAUACCGACUUUACUCGAUCUUGAAGGAAAUGAACCGAGACUAUCAGCCAACAACCAGUUAAUCCCGCUCACGAACUACGGAUUAAAAACUAUGUCCAUGGGCUAUCUUGUGCCUGAAACAUCGGCGAUUGUAUGGAGAGGUCUCAUGGUCAUGAAAGCUCUGCAACAACUUUUGCAUGAGGUUGAAUGGGGUGGACUUGAUGUCCUCGUCCUUGAUCUUCCGCCAGGUACUGGUGACGUACAGCUGACCAUAACGCAACAGAUUGAACUUGACGGAGCGGUCAUCGUAUCUACACCACAGGAUGUUGCACUCAAAGAUGCGGUCCGCGGUGUCGAGAUGUUCCGAAAAGUCAAAGUGCCGAUUCUUGGUAUGGUCCAGAACAUGUCUGCGUUCACGUGUCCGAACUGCUCUACAACCCAUUCGAUUUUCGGUCGCGAAGGCGUCAUCAAGAAGUGCGAUGAGAUGAACAUCAAGCUUCUCGCCGAUAUACCUCUUCAUCCCAGCAUCUGCGAAGACGCAGAUCGCGGGAAACCCACAGUGGUUGCAGAACCGGAUAGCUUGCGAGCGCAGGUUUUCAAGGAUCUAGCUGCAGAUCUUAGAGGACAGUUGCAGUUCUGA